UUCUGGGGACAGUAUUUACAAACGGACCGCCUAUGACCAGGAUUCAUUCAGCGAACAUUUAACAUUUAAACGUUAAAUUCACCUCAAUACUUAAGUUUUCUUGUGUUUAAUGAGAUGAACAAAAAUAAAAAACAACAUGAACCUGCAGACGCCGAGGGACGAAGUUAAAGUGGAGUAACGUGUGCUCGCCGCAGUUAUGGCGACGGGGAGUGUUGCUGUGUUUCGCAUCGCACUCUGACCUUUAUGUUGGAAAACAGACAGAACCGAGAACAUGUUGCUGACAGCUGCCCGCCUGGCCAGAGUGCUGCAGCUCACCCUGGCGGUGAUCAAACCAGACGCUGUGGCUCAUCCUCUCAUGUUGGAGGCUCUUCACCAGAGAAUCAUGGACAACAAAUUUGUCAUAGUUCGAUGCAGAGAUCUCGUGUGGAGGAGACAGGACUCUGAGAGAUUUUACGCUGAACAUUCAGGACGGUUCUUCUACCAAAGACUUGUUGAAUUCAUGUCAAGUGGGCCGAUGCGCGCGUAUAUUUUAGCCAGAGAGGACGGAAUACGUCACUGGAGGGAACUGAUGGGACCCACCAAAGUGUUCAGAGCCAGAUACUCCUCCCCCGCCUCCAUCAGGGCCCAGUUUGGACUCACAGACACGCGAAACACAACUCACGGCUCAGAUUCUGUUGAGUCGGCACAAAGAGAAAUCAGUUUCUUCUUCCCAGACUUCUGUGCGGAGGAGUGGAUGGUGAAAGAAGAGCCGUUGUUCAGAUGUGGUCAGUUACAGUUUGACCAUCAAAAACAGAUCCACAUGCUUCCAGUGCAAAGCUGACACCAGAUCAGCUGUUACAGCCGCUGAAUAACAACACAUACUGUAAGGUCAUAAUCAUAAGGCAACUGUUUAUCCACCGCUCAUAGAAAAAUUCCCCUCUGCCAGAGCCGAUGCCACAUGCUUUGCAUAAUAAUGUUUAAGUGCACGUUUGUCGUUUUCCUCUGUUCCCUAAAGUGCCAAUAUGUUCCAUGUCUGUGUUAUUAAAAUAGUAAUUUAAAAUAA